AAGGGGCCAUCCCCAAACUGUUCCCACAAAGUUGGGAGCAUGAAAUUGUCCAAAAUGUCUUUGUAUGCUGAUGCCUUAAGAGUUCCCUUCACUGGAACUAAGUCUUUAGCUAUUGACUCUGCAAACAGUUAACGACUUCUCCUGCUCUGUCAUUUUAUGAGUUGCUGUUGUUCCCAGUUGCUUCCACUUUGUUAUAUUACCACUAACAGUUGUCCAUGGGCUAUUUAGUAGCAAUGAAAUUUAAUGGAUGGACUUAUUGCACAGGUGGAAACCUGUCACGGUACCAUGCUCGAUUCACUGAGCUCCUGAGAGCGACCCAU